GUUCAAGCCUAGCCUGGGUAACAUAGUGACUUGAGAUCUUGUCUGGGGAAACAAAACAAAAACUGGACAUGUGGACUUGAGUCAAAAGCCCUGGGAUAAAUCACCAGCACUGGAAAUAGGAGGAGGGUUUAGUGAUUCGACAGGAACCUCCCAAGCAAUGCCGCUGCUGUCUGCCAGUCACCCCAGCACUGCUGACCCUUGGCGGUGGACACUCAAAACUGGCUGCAUUUGACCAUGAGGCAUCUUCCCCCCGCAAGGCUGAGAGGAGGUGGGCUCCGUGGGGUAGGACGGAGCACCCCACAGCCAGAGGAAGGCACCUGCACCCAAAGGACAGCUGUUUGUGCUGCCACCCUGCGUCUCCAGUCCCUCUGCAGACACCAGCUGCCCCUGCCUGUCCCGGACCAAGGGCCCACCGAUGUUCGCCUGUCUCGCGGGUGCUGGGGCAGGGAGUGGCACUUCCUCCAUGAAGCCAGCGGCGUCGGGACUUGGGGAAGGAGGAGCGUGAGCGGCUGGCAAUGAAUGGGUGACCGCGGGGGAGAGCGCGCAGGCACUUGAAUAGGACAGCGCCGCCCAAAGAGUGAGAGAACAGCAAAGACAACGCCCCCAAGGUCGCCCAGGAGACCCCGGAACGGCCCCGGGGGCGGCCCGGUGGUAUCCGGGCCAGGACGACCUCUCCUUGGUUGGGGAGGAUGGGGACGCGGGCCCUGCUGGGCCUCCUCCUCUUUCUUCUGCUGCUGCAGCCGCACAGGGCCUGGGCGGGAAGCCUGAACAGCCCAGGUCUGUCCGAGUGCUUCCAGGUGAAUGGCGCCGACUACCGUGGCCACCAGAACCACACGGGCCCGCGCGGGACCGGACGCCCGUGUCUCUUUUGGGACCAAACGCAGCAGCACAGUUACAGCAGCGCCAGUGAUCCCCAGGGCCGCUGGGGGCUCGGCGCUCACAACUUCUGCCGGAACCCAGACGGUGAUGUGCAACCAUGGUGCUAUGUGGCUGAGACGGAGGAGGGCAUCUACUGGCGCUAUUGUGACAUCCCCACGUGCCACAUGCCUGGCUACCUGGGCUGCUUUGUGGACUCUGGCACACCCCCAGCUCUCAGCGGCCCCAGUGGCACCUCCACGAAGCUCACAGUCCAGGUGUGCCUUCGUUUCUGCCGCAUGAAGGGGUAUCAGCUGGCUGGUGUGGAGGCUGGUUAUGCCUGCUUCUGUGGCUCUGAGAGCGACUUGGCCCGGGGACUUGGGGCACCUGCCACUGACUGUGACCAGAUCUGUUUCGGCCACCCGGGCCAGCUGUGUGGUGGCGACGGGCGGCUAGGCAUCUACGAAGUGUCUGUGGGCUCCUGCCAGGGAAACUGGACGGCGCCUCAGGGUGUCAUUUACUCUCCGGACUUUCCCGACGAGUAUGGGCCAGAUCGCAACUGCAGCUGGGUGGUGGGCCCGACGGGCGCGGCGCUGGAGCUCACCUUCCGCCUGUUCGAGCUGGCGGACCCGCGUGACCGGCUGGAGCUGCGCGACGCCUCCGCAGGGCUGCAGAACGUCCUGGAGGACCGUGCGCAGACCAAGGGAUUGACUCAGACCCCUGCGGAGACUCCCGGAGGGGCCAAUGCGAGCUGCAGCCCCAGGCCUGUGACUCUGCAGGCUGCAAUAAGGGCCCCGGUCUUCUCGUCUGUGACAGUUGUCUCUGUGCUACUCCUCCUGCUCCUGUUGCUGCUGCGUCUCCUGCGCCGACGGAACUGUCUGCUGGCUCCAGGAAAAGGGCCACCAGCGUUGGGACCUUCUCGGGGCCCUGGGAGAAGCUGGGCUGUGUGGUACCGCAGACCCAGAGGGAUGGCUCUGCCCCGUCCCACCGGAGACCCCCCGGCUGAAGGUCCUGCCAUGGGCUACCUGCCCCUGAGUGCCUCCAGCCAGAGUUCCUUGCGCUCCCUCAUCUCUGCUCUCUGACUGCAACCCACAGGCUGCGUAGGACAUUGGACCUUGUGCCAAUGAGAUGGACACCUGAGACAUUAUACUGCACCCUACCUCUCGGUCUUCUACCCCUUCAAAGGCAGAUCGGCCUCUGGUCAUCUUGGGGAGACCAGAAAUUGGACAGGAAGCAUCUAGUGCUAUUGUUGGAACUUGGCCUGACCCUCUGGGUCCAGGUGAGCUAGGUCAAAGGACAAGAAAAAUUCAGCCUUCCAACCCAUGGACCUUGAUGUGGGGGUGGUGCCUGGUUUCAGCAGUCUUAGAGUAUCUCUUGUUGUGGUUCUGGACUCCUGCCCUCAGUGAAAGGUCAGCAGUCAACAAAAGUGUCAAAAGAUCACCCUAGACUUAAAGGCCUAUUUUGGUACAGACCUCAAAAGUUCUUACAUGGAGGGGGCAGCUAUGUUAAUGAGGUACAGCAGCAGAGGAUUGCCCUGUAUUCGUGCAAAUGAAAGGGGUUUCACAGAAUGAAUUUGGUGGAGCUUUCUGGAAAGGAGAGGAUGAAGGGACCGGGCAGGAACGGACGGGUGUGUCCUGUAGAAGAUGGGGAGGCAAAUGCUUCUGGUCCCGCCCAGGGUGGAAGAGAUGGGGCGGGCCUUCUAUCUUCCCCACUGUUUCCUGCCUGUUCUGGACUGGGCCAAAGGUGCGUCUUGUGGGCGGGAUAAGGAGCAAGUAGGGCCAGGCCCAUGGUGGAAACCUCCUCCUCCUGGAGGCUUAGGAAUCUGGGGAAAUCACCUCCACAGUGGGGGCUGGCUCUCAGGAGCCUGACUGGACCCUCCCAAACUGGCCCACACUAGCAGCACCUUGGACAGAGCCCUGACUGCGAGAUGGGGCUGGGGGGCGGGCUGUGCCAAAGGUGUGACAACCUGGGGAUCGUGGGGAGGAUCAGGUGUGAAAUGCUGGGGGACAUGAAAUGCCAGGUCACUCCAGCAGAGGAUGCGGAACCAGGACCUCGGGCCCCAAAUCAACAACUUUCCCAUGCAAACGAGGCUGGAACUGUACAUAUUAUGCUAAGAGGAAGAGGCCUGGGCAUCUCGGGAGGAGCUCCCCACCGCCCCAGCCCAUUGGCCUGGGCAGUGCAGACGUCAGGAAUCUAGCGCGCGAAACGCCAGCAGGGUAGCGGGGGCGAGGAGCAGGGGCGGAGCCUGACGUUCCCUCCCUAGCCCUGCCGCGCCCGUCCUCCGGGCUUCCGUGAGAAGACCCGCCGCCUGUAAGCGAGCGCGUCUUGCGAGGACGCAGCCAGCCGCUCUG